AUGGCCACCGCUGCCCCUGCUGACGACAACCUCAGUUUCGAGCCGUGCGAGGGCCGCGCCGACCAGCGCAUAUCGGUUUUCCGUGGUAGUACGGUGGUGAUGUUGACGGACAUCGACUUGCUCAACGAGCGCAGGGCACCCUCGAAGGACUUCGACCGCUUGCAGGCCGUUGAGGCUGGAUGGUGCCUCCCGUUUCCCAUACUGGCAGCCAUGAAGCAGAACAGUCACUACAAAGCGCUCUUGUCAGAGUUCGUUCGCACGCGGAAGGAUUGCGGCACCUUGCUGCCUCGCAUCGAGGAUCCCACGCAGAAGAUGUCAGCCGCGACCGAUUUCAAGCUCAAUGACGACAUGGGCCCUAUCAUGCAGGCGUGGGGUCUCUGCAAGGAGGCGCGGGGCAAGGUUCGACAGGGCCAGGGCGUGAAACUGAGGUCCUUCGUCAAGCGCGCGACGUUGCAGGUGGUGGACGGCGUCGCCGAGCAGAUCGAGCAGGGCAGCUUCGCGAGGGAGAAGCUCAUGGAUCUGAAGGAGUUGUUGGAGGUCACGGGGGACAUGUCGUUCAACUUGCCGCGGGGCGACUACUUUGGCAGUUUCAUCUCUCGGGUCCAGAAGGGGGGCAGCAUUGAUAACCAGUGCGCCAUGGUGAUCAAGUCCAUCGGCCUCUUCCCCGUCGAUGCCGAGCGGGGGGCCCGCAGUAGGGACAUCGCGAGCACCACUGCCCAGUUGAAGGCCGAUGGCGAGUUCGGCUUGUCCAUUCCCCCUCCAGAGCUUGUGCAGGGCAUCGACGCGUUCACUAAACAGAUGUUUCAGACGAUGGGAACAGGUGAGGACUUCAACGUGACUGAGGGCGCGUGCAGCUACAUCGGGAGCGCGCGCGGUCUCUGCGUUGGCCCCCUGGGCGCGAGGCCAGGGAUGACUGACGAGCAGACGGGGAUGCAGCAAUCAUUUUCGAAGUUGACGAAGCUUUGGUGGGGUUUUCAAACGGCAGUUGAUUACAGGAGGUUCGGCAGCAGUGCGGAGGAGAUCUUGCAGACCGAAGAGGGCGUUCUGAAGUUGCGCAAUUCCGCGGGUGCGGUGGCGGCGUUCGUUGAGGCAAGGCCGAAGAUCAGGAUGGAGUUCGCCAGCCGCUGGCGCGGCCAGUUGGUGGACAAGGUGCUGGCGGCCAGCUCGGCUGCGGAGAAGGAGUUCCCACGUGUUCUCAUCAAUGGUGCCGAGAAGGGGGUGUGGGGCGCCGACGCAGGCAACCUGACGGCCGCGACGGAGUGGCUCGAGGUGGCGGCGGGGUCCUUGUUCAAGAACGUGAGGCCAUCGACGAUCAAGUCCGCCAUGGAGGCGGUUUCGACGACGUACGCUGCGGCCAAGCAGACCCGCGACCUCUUCGGCGACGAGGGCCAGGCGCGCAGCGACGCGAUGCUGGCCAUCAAGGCGCAAAUGGGCAGGGCCGCGGUGACGAAUGCAGAGCGUUCGCCGCUGGUGUGCUGCAGGGAUUCCGGGGGCGCGCCGUUGAAGCUCAAGCGGGGCCUGAAGCACCACAUGGGAGCCCUGUCGGAGUCCCAGGUCCUGCUGGCGCCCCCGACCUCGCGGGGCAUUUCUGAGGAGAAGGCCGAGGUGAGCAAGCGCAAGGGCGCUGCUCAUUGA